ACAUUUGCAAAUACGUGAACCGGAUGAGUCAAAAACCCAACAGAGACUGGAAUCAGUUGAGUUUCAGCAUCAGCGCCCCCAAACCAAAUAAUUUUGAACUCUCCGGACUCCGGCCGCCGCCUUCCAGAGGAACCUCGCGGCUGCCGGUGCCGGUGCCGGAGAAGACAUGGCCGGGAAGAAGAAGGCCCUAACAAAUCCCGCCUCUCCCUCCGCCUCCGCCUCCGCUUCCACCCCUAAGAAAUCCACCGCCACCUCCAAGGACCGCUCCACGCCGAAACCCCGCAAAAACCCCAACCCCAAGGAGGAGGCACCACCGCCGCCGCCCGCCAACAACAAGCGCCUCAACCCCCAAGGGGGAUCCAACCGUAAGAAGAAGGCCGAUGCGGGGACGCCCUCCAAGAAGCCGAAGCGCCAGCCGCCGGAGCCCAAACCUCGGAAGCACAAGGGGGCCAAGAGCGAGAAGCCGCACCGGGUUUCCGGCGAAGGGGAGAAGCCCACGCCCACGAAGAAGAAGAAGAAGAAGGAGAGCAGCAAGGAGCCCAAGCGCGAGAAGCAGCAAGCGUCCGCGCCUAUGUCGACUCCCUCGAAGAAGAACAAGGAAGCCAAACGCGACACAGGAGGAGCGGGGAAGCCCACGCCCACCAAGAGGAAGCUCGGCGACGUGGAUCCCCCACAGGAGCGACCGUCCGGUGAAGGCCAGGCAAGCUCUCCCACGCCCGCCAAGAAGCGGAAGGACAAGGCGGCGGCGGCGGAGGCGGUUGCCGACCACGGCGCCGGCAGCUUCCCGAUGGCUCGGGUGCGGCAGAUAAUGCGGGCCGAGGACGCCACCAUCCGCCCCUCCAAUGAGGCUGUCUUCCUCAUCAACAAGGCCACCGAGAUAUUCUUGAAGAGGUUUGCAGACGAUGCUUAUCGAAAUGCUUUGAAGGAUCGGAAGAAGUCAAUUGUGUAUGAUAACCUUUCAACAGCAGUGUGCAACCAGAAAAGAUACAAGUUUCUCUCAGAUUUUGUUCCACAGAAAGUUACAGCUGAAGAUGCUUUGAAGGCUCCAGUUAGCAGCCAAGUGAACCAACCACAAUAAGUUGCUAGUGCUCCGCGAGCUGCUCCAUCCUGUAGGGAGGUCAUCCUUUCACGAGUUAUCUCCUGGGAGGGUUCUGCAAUUGUAAACGCCAGCUGUGCAGCUCAUGUUGCCCUCAGGACUGGCAUCUUGCGACAUGUUCAAUAUGAUUCUGAUCAGAAUCGGAGGCUUAAAAGAAGAUUAUAAGGGGAAACCUGAGUAAUCUACAUAUGAAAGAAGCAUGAUGAAACUUUUUGUCAUGAGAAUCACUUGAAAUAUGCUUGCUUAGAGCCUCAAAUCAGGAUCACCUUUUUGGCUGUGUAAGCUGUGGGUUGUGUGAGGUGGAUGUAGCUUAGGCUAAAUGUUACUGUGUAUUUUUUUUUAGAUAAUACGUUACUAGUAGUAUACAUUUGUGAGUUCUGACUUGUUCAUGUACUAGUUCAUUACAUAUAUUUUCGCAGGUGCAUGCUUUACCAAUUACUUGCUGGUGCAAA